GCGCUUUCUAGUCUCUGAGAUGUCGACGGAAGAAAAAGCCGCGGGCAGUCCAGAGGCCGCUUCUACCGCUGAUCCCGGGGUCAAUCUGAGCCGUGGACCACGUGCCACUCGACCACAAAGGAAGUCCGGCGGCAGCAAUGGCAGUGAUGGCAGCAGCAGUAAUGGUGGCGGCGACAUGGCGUCCAACAAAGAGCACACCCAAAGGAAGGAAGUCGCAAAGCCCAAGAAGCUGCUGAACGAUCCACGCUUUCGCAUUCGACCGCUGCAGCAGGUGGUCUCCGCCUGCACGGGUGCCAUGAUCACGGCCCUGUUCAUGACGCCACUGGACGUGAUUAAGACGCGCAUGCAGACGCAGCAGUCGCCCACGGGCAAGUGUUUCUUCUAUUGCAACGGCCUGAUGGAUCACCUUCUGCCCUACCGCCCCGAUGGGCCGCAGCAGCCGCCCAAGCCGCUGUUCACCAACUCCUUGGACGCCCUGCUCAAGAUCAGUCGGAACGAGGGACUAAGUGCGCUGUGGUCGGGCCUGGGACCCACGCUGGUAUCGGCACUGCCCUCGACCAUCAUCUACUUUGUGGCCUACGAGCAGUUCAAGGCCAGGUAUAUCAACAUCUAUGAGCAGUACUUCAAGGAGCAGACCAGCGAGCUGGAAACGAUGUCCUCCUUCAAGCCGGGAGAACUGCCAUUGCCUGUGGUGGUGCCCAUGCUUUCUGGUGUGACGGCGAGGAUCUGUGCCGUGACUGUGGUCAGUCCCAUCGAGCUGGUGCGCACCAAGAUGCAGGCCCAGCCCAUGUCCUAUGCCCAGAUGUUGAGCUUCGUGAGGAAUGUGCUCGCACUGCAGGGCAUCUGGGGACUGUGGCGAGGACUGCCACCGACAAUACUCAGAGAUGUGCCCUUCUCGGGCAUCUAUUGGCCCAUCUACGAGCACACGAAGCGGCGUUUUGGCAGCAGUACUCAGCCCUCCUUCGGUCUGAGCUUCGUGUCGGGUGUGCUGGCGGGUUCGGUGGCUGCGCUGGUCACCACGCCCUUCGAUGUGGUGAAGACCCACGAACAGAUCGAGUUUGGGGAGCGUGUAAUCUUCACGGAUUCCCCAGCGAAGGAUCUGCACAAGCGAUCCACCUUCAGCUGGCUGAUCUCCAUCUACCGCACGCAGGGCUUGUCCGGACUCUUCGCAGGCUACGGGCCCAGGCUGUUCAAGGUGGCGCCCGCCUGUGCCAUCAUGAUAUCCACGUUCGAGUACAGCAAGUCCUUCUUCUUCUACUACAAUGUGCGGCAGCACAACGAGGCUCUGCUGCUGAAAAACCCCACAGCCAAGCUGGUGGAGGAGGACGACAUAGAGUAGGAGUGGAGCGUCGUCUCCAUGGCAGUGGGUCCCCCAGUCCCCUUUGUAAAUAAACGCCGCAUAUUUUAUGUAA